AUGGAGGACGAGAUUGAGCCGGCUCUCUGUGCAGCUUUUUAUAACUCCAACCUCAACCUCAACGUGGAUUGGUUCAUCCCUCGUAGAGCCAAACAUAUCUCGCGUGAAGAGAUAUGGAACUCACAUAAAUCGCUCAGAUCGAGGGAUGCCUAUCAGUACGAGUCGCUGGAGGCCCGCCCAGACGCGUUCCGGCUAUUGUACAUCGACAUCGGUGAUGAUUUGGAACCCAUUACCUGCAGUUUGCAAGUAGCCCGUCCUGGGACCUCUUAUUCUGCCAUCUCCUAUAUGUGGGGCACGGACACACGCUCUUUGCCGAUCCAGAUUGAUGAACAAACAUUCCUGGUAUCUGCGAAGCUGUGGUGGGGAAUAUGGCAUCUGCGACGACCAAGAGGAGUUGGUGGCGAGCGAUGGCAGGGGCCUCAGGGCCCCUUUUGGAUAGACGCCAUCUGCAUCAACCAAACUGAAAUGGCGGAAAGAAACCAGCAGGUAGCUAUAAUGGGCGACAUUUACGCCGGCGCUGAUCAUGUUUACGUUUGGUUUGGACGCGACGCCACUGGUGGCGGGCUCUUGAACAUGCUAUCGGAUCUACAGACCCUUGUACAUGAUCAUGAAACAAACAACGCGCUACCUGGGCUUGCUCUCUUCUUCAAAAAUGACUAUUGGAGGAGAGUGUGGAUUGUGCAAGAGCUGAUCCUCGCUCGCGACGUCUUGGUUAUCUAUGGAUUCUAUGUUAUACCUUGGAAGGUUCUGGAGGAUGCGUUCCGACUAUUGGAGGCCAAGACGGAGUUCUCUAGAUCAACUCAUCCUUUGUUAACUAGUCCCGCCGCCAAAAUUAUCGAGCUGCGGAUGAGGCGAGGCAUAGGGGGCGAUUUGCUGUCGUAUUGGAGAAUGUUUGAGGACAGUCAGUGCUCUGAUCCGCGGGACAAGGCCUUUGGGUUUUUGGGCUUGAAUGGCAGGCUGGCGAGCCACCGAAAUACCCUCCAGGAACUCAAGGCAGACUAUAUGAUAUCCUUGGUCGAACUCUUCCAGCAGAUGGUUGGACUGAGGAGAUAUGGUGGCUCUGAGGAAUGGAUAGCUGCCUCUCACACUGAGAGACAGCUCGAGACGUAUGAUCCACGCCAUCGGGAUGCUUCCUGGAAACAGAAAAUGAGUCGGUGCCGGAAUGUUAAAGACAGAGAAAUCCACGACCAUCAUCAAUUAGCAAUUGCUUUCAGCCAGUUCUUUUGUCGUCUCCUCUUUGGAGAAUCUCUAGCCGGGGCAGGUUCAAAGUCCCUCAAUGGGCAACCCUCGUCAUCGGAAGGAGAACUCUUCCAAUCUAAAGGUCAUAUCGUAGGGAUAUUAACAAAUGACCUGGGUCUAUCUGAUAUCUCCGAACUCAGUGACAACGACCGGAGACGGCUCGGACCGUGGCAUUGCCAACACCCAAACGCAACCAAAGACAACAGCAGUAUGUGUAGCUCACGAGAAUUCAUCUUCAGCCAGCAAUGGCAAGAUCAGAAACCGCCCUUUGACUGGGAUUUCAGUGCCACACAUGUACACCACACGUCAUGCGGGCAACCAACGAUGUCAUGUUCCACCACCACAGGCUGCGAUCACGAGCUCGAGCCCCGAGCGUUUGAGACAGACUCGGGGCUCGGAGUACAUACAGUGGGCGAUGCUCUCCCUGGUGACUACCUCUGUCGCUUUGAAAGGUGCGACGUGGCCGCUGUAUUCCGUCACAUUGGACAUGUGGAAGACCACAAGUUCUACAGAGGAGCCCCCAUGAACCGAAUCCGUAAAGAAUAUCACCUCGUUGGCCGUGCCAUGGUAAAAAUACGCGAAGGAGAGGAACCGAAGAGGUUACAUGAACAUACAGCACGGACAUUUCGGCACAGCGUGCUUGACCCUACGCAAAAUAAAAAUAAUACGGCCAUCAUGGAGCAGUAUUUUGAUGCCAAAACCUUGCGAUACUUGACAUGUUGA